AUGAGCCGUCGCCCCGUCUACUUCAAUCCCUUGGCCGAAUCAUGGACGGCGCCCUCACCGGAUGACCCUCAGUUGGCAUACCGCUUCCAUUCACAAUUACCGGCUUACUCUCCCACUCAAUUGAUCCCUCUCACGGACCUAGCCAAGGAGCUCGGCGUGCAAUCCAUCCACCUCAAGGACGAGACAAGUCGACUCGGACUCCCCUCCUUCAAGAUCCUCGGCGCCUCAUGGGGUACAUUUCGGGCCAUUGCCCAGCGACUUGAUCUUCCUAUAGACUCUUCCUUGGGCUCCGUCGAGCAGAAGUUGGCAUCUUCAAAUAUCACACUCUACGCGGCCACUGACGGCAAUCAUGGCCGGGCCGUUGCCCGCAUGGCCUCCAUCCUGGGUGUCCCAGCCCAGAUCCACGUCCCUACGACCAUGCACCAAAGCACCAUUGAUCUGAUAAAGUCAGAGGGUGCGCGCGUCGUCAUCUCGGACGGCUUCUACGACGAUGCUGUUGUUGACGCUCGAGUGGCAGCUGCUAAAGACGAUACCGCCCUUGUUAUCCAGGACUUUGCUUCGGGCGACUACGUUCAGAUUCCGCAGUGGAUCGUCGAUGGCUACCUCACCAUGAUGCUGGAAAUCGACGGCCAGCUUGGCUGUACUACCCCUGACCUCGUCGUUGUGCCGGUGGGAGUCGGGUCCUUUGCGCAAGCCGUCGUAACGCACUUCAAGAAGCCCGGAAAACAAACAAAAGUCCUGACCGUCGAACCUGAUACAUCCGCCAGUCUCUGGAAAAGCCUCAGAAGCGGCGAGUCCUCCUCCACGUCGGAAAAGUCCCCCAGCAUAAUGGCAGGGCUGGAUUGCGGGACGCCUUCAUCGAUAUCUUGGGCUGUUCUCCGACACGGAGUCGAUGCCAGCCUCACAAUAUCUGACUAUGAGGCGCACAAAGCUUGCGAAUACCUAAAGUCUCAAGGUGUGUCUGCAGGGCCCUGUGGAGCCGCACCUAUCGCUGCGCUCAGGAGAUUAGAGCGAGCGGAUAGAGAAAGGCUGGGUCUCACCAAGAACUCCGUCGUAGUAAUCUUUUGCACAGAGGGUGCACGAGACUACGACGUUCCUCACAGCGUGGCGAGCGACGAUCCCGUCGAAAUAACGCAGACGUUGGUGAAGAUCAACUCGGCCAAUCCGUUCCUUGGAUCGGUUCCCGGUCCUGGAGAAACUGCUAUUGCUCGCUAUAUCACUGCUUGGAUGGAGCACCGUGAUAUUGAGUCUCAUUGGAUUGAGCCAACGUCCGGACGACCUUCUGUGGUAGGCAUCGUCCGCGGACUCGGCGGUGGCAAGAGCCUCAUGCUCAACGGGCACAUUGACACCGUGACCCUCAUGGGAUACGAAGGCAAUCCCCUCAGCGGUGACAUCCAAGACGGCAAGCUCUAUGGCCGUGGAGCCGCUGACAUGAAAGGCGGUGUAGCAGCUGCCAUGGCUGCCCUAGCCAACGCGAAAAAGCACAGCCUCAGGGGAGAUGUCAUCUUCACAGGCGUGGCAGACGAGGAGUUUGAGAGCAUCGGCACGCAGCAGGUACUGGAGGCAGGCUGGACAGCUGACGGCGCAAUCGUCAGUGAGCCGACCAACAUGGAGAUUCUAUACGCUCACAAGGGCUUUGUAUGGUUUGAUGUUGACAUUCAGGGCCUUGCAGCGCACGGCUCGAGAUACGACCUCGGUAUUGAUGCCAUUAGCAAGGCAGGCUAUUUCCUCGUUGAGUUGGAUAAACAUGCAAGCCAUUUGACAGCGCAAAGCGGCGAUGCUGUCCUUGGCCCAGGUAGCAUUCACGCCUCCCUCAUCAAGGGCGGCGAGGAAGUCUCAUCAUACCCUUCUCGUGUUCAGAUCCAGCUCGAGCGGCGAACCGUGAACGGCGAGACACCGGAAACUGUACGGAAAGAGCUCGAAGAGAUACUCGACGGCCUGACGAAAACAGUCCCCAACUUCACGUACAGUCUUCGCACCACUUUUCACCGGUCUCCCUUCAAGGCCGACCUUUCCCACCCUUUUGCGAAACUCGUCCACAAGCACGUGGGAAACACUCUUGGCAGGGAGCCUGCUGUCUUGGGCGCCCCCUACUGGACUGACUGCGCACUACUAGAUGGUGCUGGGAUUCCGGCAUUGCUCUGGGGGCCCCAGGGUGAAGGCUUACAUGGAAAGUUGGAAUACGCAGAUGUUGAGUCGAUAAAGCAGGUCGCAGAGGCCUUGACUGCAAUCGCUGUGGAGUUUUGUAGCUGA